AAAUAAAAAUAAAUACGCGAAAACCCCUCGACACAAAAACUAAUUAAAAAAGAAAAAAACCAAAGAGAAACUCCAACAAGGUGAGCGCUGAGUACCACCACCACAUCUUCUCUUCUCUUCUCUUCUCAUUUCUCAGCUUCAGCCACCAAUCCAGCUCAAUAACUCUCUCAACAUAUCUUCUUCCCUACCUCAAAAAAAAAAAAAAAAAAAAAAAAAACAAAACAAAAAAAGGACAAAAAACCAGACAAACCCCAGGGACUCUCAAACUAGACAAAAUUAAACACAACACACACAAAGAGUGAGUUUUGUUUAAAAACAUGAAGCUGUCUGCCAAACCCAUAUCGAGUCCGGGUCGGACAGAGAAGUACUACCCACCACCAUUGAUGAGGUUCUUGAGAACCAAUGUUGGUAGCAGAAGUAGAGGAAGGUCACGUUCAAGCCCGAUGUUUGUUAGAAAGAAGAAUAUAGCGAUUGAAACUCAAGAACCUUCCUCUCCAAAAGUCACCUGCAUGGGUCAAGUCCGGGUCAGGAGGUCCAAACAAGCCAAUACUCAACCUGGAAAACCCAAAAAACGCCGGUGCAAAUGGAUCCAGAAAACCCUACUUUGUCACCACCAUUUCAAUAGGAGAAGACUCAAACUCAAGUCUUUUAGACCUUCUUGGCCCAAAUGGGUACAUUUCUUUCGUGUUGGUAUUGAGAGAAAAAACAAAAUUGUUGAGGACUGUAGUUCCUCGAAGGUUGAACCAAAGAUUGGUGUCAGAAGUGAAGAUUUUGAGCAAGAAAGGGAGGAAGAAGAAAUGGAACCCAAAGUUUAUGUCUCAACAGAAAACACACCACCAAGGAAUGCUUUGUUGUUGACUAGAUGCAGAUCUGCACCGUACAGAUCUUCUUCUUUAGCUGGUAGAUUUUGGGGGUCACCUUCGGAGAGCGAAGAAACAGGCCAGAAACAGCGUGGUACACCGCAAGAAAACGGAGAAAAUGAAAGUCCCACAUCGAAAAGAGAGUCUGUUUCUCAAGAGCCCGAUCAAGAAUCAAGUUUGGAUCCAGAAACUGAAGUAAAGAUUAGUCAUUUCAAAGAAUCUGAAGGCUCAAUUACUUCAAUCAGGGAGAGAAAUGCAAAUUCUGCAAAUAUUGAAGAGUCAAAAACAGAGAAGGUUUCCACUGUACGGCCCUUGGUACUUACAAGAUGUAAAUCCGAACCAGCAAGAACCGGAGAGAAGCUUGAUGUAGAGAUGGUUUUCUGGAAGAAGAGAAGGUAAGAAACGUAGGGGAUGAGAUUUCUGGUUAGACCGAACUGCUGCAUGGUUGUCCGAAUUAGAAGAAAAUAGGAAUGGAUGUGAGGGGUUGUCCCAACGAACGCACGAAAUGAUCAUGCCUAUCCAUUUUGUGGAUUGUUAUCAUGAUGGAGAUGGACUGAUUGGAUUGUCCUCGCUUAUCAAAUCAUCGUGAAAAGGCUCAAAACCGGGGAGGCCAAAACUGAACAAAAAAGGAAGAAAGAAGUUGAGCUAGAAGAUUUUUUCUUGGUCGAGAAGGGCAAAACCAAGGAGGACAACCUUGGGCUUAAAACCGGUCCUAUAGAGGAAAAGUUGAGCUAAAAAACGAGCCCAACAACAGCCAACACCAAGAAGAAACAAUGCCCAAAACGAGCCCAAUAUAAGAGGAGAAGAAAAAAGGCAGCUAGAUCCUUUUUAUUUUUCUCCUGUUUUGGAAAACUCUCCCGAGUACAUAGACAUGGCAAACAAAAUGAUGUUUAAGCAUACUAAUCGCCUCUGGAUACUUAAUCUUACAAGUUAUCAGUGUGAUGCUUGCCUAAACAUUGUUUUACGUGUUAGCAAGGUGAAUACUUCACGACCAAAUCAUUUUACUA